AUGAGAUUUAAUUAGCCAACAAGAAUACUAUUUAAUUUAUAAUAAUAGUAAGCUAUAUUGAUUAAAGAUGGAAAAUGGAUUAUAGAGUAUGAUUAUGGAUUAUUAUGUGAAAUGGGAAGAAUAGAAAUAAAAUUUAAAGAAUCAAAACCAGGAAUAAAUGUAACAUAUUGCGAUAAAUUUGAGGUAUAUUAUUUAUAUUAUUUAUUUGGAUAGAUUUACUUUAUUCUCUAUGAAGGUUUGCAAUUAUAUAUUUUAAAAAGGAAAAUGAUUUUAUUGAAUUCAAUAAAAUUUGAUUCAAAAUAUACUGUAGGACUUCAUUAUUUUAGUGGUCAUUUAUUGUUAUUAGGAUUAGAAGGUAAAUAGUUAUUUGAAUUUAGAGAUUGAUUUAUUAAAGUUUGAAUUUAUUAUCAAAAAAAAAGAUCCUAAAAUAGAAGGAGAAGUAAAGAAUUCUAAAUCAUUUAAAUAAAAUUCAAAAUAUACUAAAUUAGAUCAUAAAAAUAGAAAGAUUGAAUAGGAUAAAUUACCUGAUAUUAAAUAGUAAUAACAUGAGAUUGAUUAUAAAAAAGAAUAAAAGAAAAACAAACCUUCUAAUUAAACAAAUAAUAAAAUAUAAGAAGAAGAUAAAUGCAAAUAUUUAGCUAAGGAUAAUUUUGAUAUAGCUUAUGUAAGUAAAAAGUCUAUUUACACAAGCAAAAAAAAAAAUAGUAAAGAAAAAUUAGGGAAAGAAGAGAAUUACAAAGUAAAUAAUAGUAGAGAAGAAAAUUGUAAGGAAGAAAAUAUUAAAGAAAAGAAUAGCAAAGAAAAAAAUAGUGAGGAAUGGAUUUUAAGUUUUUAUAUAAAUGAAGAUUUUUUAUUUUUUUGGAGUGAUAAAGAUUUAACUAUAAUGAAGUAGGUAAUGAUUGCUCAAAUUUAAAAAGAAUGGGAUAAUGAUAAUAUUUAGGGAUUUUCCAAUUGGUUUAAUAGAGUUAAAUUGUAAAUUGAUGAUUAAUCAGAAGGAACAUAUAAUACUAUUUAAACAGUAACUUUUUAAUUAGUGUAAAAAUAUCAUGAUCUUACAAAACAUGAAAAUUUAAUAACUUAAGUUUUACAUUUUAUAGAAUUUAGAUAUUUUGUAACAGGAUUUGAAACAGGAUAAUUAAAAUUAUGGAAAAUUAAUACAGCAGUAAAACAAAGUGAAUUAUUAGUACAUUCUUAUGAAGGACAUUCAAAACUAAUUGAAUCUUUAGUUAGAAGUAAAAAUGAAAAGAUGUUUUGGAGUUAAGGUCAAGACUUUUCUAUAAAAUUAUGGGAUAUUUAGGUAUUUUUAACAAAUUUAAUAGUUUUCUUAAAGUAAUUUACAAAUAUAUACGCAGUUAAUAUAAUUGGAAUUUAUUCAAAUUUAUAAUUGUUGACUAGAAGUAGAUUUUUAUUAAGAAAUGAUUACGAAAUGUAUAUUGGAUACUUAAAUAAUAAUUUAAAAAUAUAUAGAACAAUAAAUUCUAAAAUAGUAUCAUAUUAUAAACAUGAUGACAGUAUAUUAUUAGCACUUGAUAAUACACCAGGAUUAUCAGUAAAAGAGAACUGUGAACCUAUUAUUUUAUAUCCACCUCCUAAAUCUAUGGAGGUAAGAUAAAUAGUUACUGAUGGUUAUUUAUAUUUCAUGCUAUUAGAAACAGGAAUGUUAUUCAUAAAUUCUAAUUAAACAUAAAUUUAAUGUAUUUAAAGUGAAGAAAUAAUGGAUUUUGACAGUUAUCAUAUGGUUUAAGUAAUAGUUUCAGUAUAUCUUCCUUAAAAAAUUAAACUUCCAUGUUAUGAUGCUGAUUUUGGUUAAUCUAGAGAUUUGUAAUGUUAAGAAUAAUUAAUAUUUGGUAUGUCGAAAGGUUCAGUAAUAGCAGUAUAGAAGAAUAAUCCUAAAAAAAUAUUUGCUAGAAUGAGUUAUCAUAGAGAAAAGGUUAUUAACAUAGCUGAAAUAGAUAAUUAUUUAUUUACAUAUUGUUCUGAAGGAUUAUUAAAAUUAAUUUCUAUUACAGAAAAAUAAAUUAAAUGUAUAAGAUCUUUUAAUUCAAAUUAAUAAAUUGCAUAUUUUACUACAUUUCAUAAUAAGGCUUUAUUUUUUACUUAUAAAGGUCCUUUUCAAAUAUUUAAAUUCAAAAAUGAAUAAUUAUAUUUGCAUUGUGAUGAUAAAGGAAAUGAUCAUGAAUAAUAAGUUUUGUCUGUUGAUUAUUAAUAAAAAAAUAAAACAUAUUUGACAGCAGCUUCAGAUGGUAAGAUUAAAUUAUGGUCUUCUAGAAAAAUUCUAUUAAUUUAAUUGAUAAUGGAAGAUAAUUUAGAGGGAGCUUGGGUUUUAAAAUAAAAUCUAUUAAUUGCUCAUUGUGGAAAAGUAUUAUUGUUAUUAUAUUCUUAAGCUCUCUUUAAUAUCAUUAGAAGAUUGCAAAUUUAAUACUAUUAAUUAUAAUUAACCUAAAUAGAAAAAUGAAUAACAAAUAAAAUUUGAAGAUUAUUAUCAAUUAAUAAAGAUUUAAUAACAAUAAUAAAAAUAAUAGGCUGAUACAAAAAUUGUUUAAUAAUAAGAAGUAUUAAAUAAAUAAUAAUAUAAAUUAAAAAAUAAAGCAUCUGUAUCUUAUGUAGCUGGUAAAAUAUAUUAUGAAGAAAAUAAUAAACCUAUAAUUUUAUAUAAGGGAAAAGAUUCAGAUUUAGAUUCUUCAAAACAUUCUUCUUAAUCUAGCAUUUCAAUUUAAGAAUAAAUUAUUUCUUAAUAAUAAACUUAAUAAUAAAUGAUUAGACCAAAAAAAUAAAAAGAUUUACUACAUGAUUGGGAAGGUUUGUAAGAAUAUGAAGAAAAUAGAAUUAAUAGAUUUUAACCUGUUUAAGCUUUACCUAAAUUACUUUUAAAUUCUGUUGAUAGAAAACAACCCUCAAGAUAAAGAAUAAUAAGUCGUAGAGAUUUAACUCUUUAAAGAAUUAUAUUACAGAGUAUCAACUAAUGA